UCUGCCUUUCCCGUACCUCGGAGGAGGGGGCCCUGGUUCAGCCCCCAGCCUCCUGCAGAGGGCAAUGGGGAGAGAAGAUGGGAUACUAAGCAGACAAGGAUGCCCCAAAGUCAGGCCCAGAUGUCGCCAAGACUCUCCAUUAGUUGACUUCUAUGAGUUCAGGCUGCUGGACUGCAGCCUGUGAGUCGAAGCUCACAGGACACAGGAGAGCAUGGACCCAAGCGGGCACCUCAUCUGAGCUGGACUGUCUCACACUGCGUCCAGCAGGCCCCAGGAUUUACAGAGUGAGCAUUUAGGGUGUUCCUGAAGCACGCAGUCAAAGAGAACAUGCCUUGGGGUCUGGGACUUCCAUGUGACCUCAGCUGAGGAUCUGACACCAUGUGGCCCAGCCAUGCCCAGUGAAGGCAGCCCAGGACCAGGGUAGUCCUCAUUCCUGUAACAACAGCCAUGAGCCCUGCCCUGAGCGGUAGUGCCCCACCUGUGUGAGGACUGGACUGGCCAUGAGACCCUCAAUGCUCUUGCCACCUGGAAGGCUCUGGCUGAGAGUAACCAGGGAGCCAUGAGACUGGCUUUAGUCCAACUGGGAGGAUCUAGUACCAUCUUACCCACAUGGCAGUGGAAAAGACCAGGGACAGAGACACAUGCAGAAGGCACACAUGGCUUGGGACAGCUGCAUCUGGACUCUGUACCCCAAACCCCAACCUGGUCCAGUUCGUCCUCAUCUCCCAUGGUCAGCCUACCCCCAAGAGCCCCUCCAUGCUCUCACUCUCUGUGUCACCCUUGGACCCAACCCCAUCACCUGCCCAGCAGCCCCUGAUCCCGCAUGUACUGUGCCUUUGGCCUGGACACUUCCCCAUGCUGACCACUUGGCCAGUCCUUAUUCCUUCUGAAGAGGCCAGGGUUCUCUUCUCAGGGCAGCCUCCCCACCCCCACAGCAAGCUCCUCCCUGCACCAUUGCCCAGGCCCCAUAGACUGGGUGCCUCUGAGCCUGGCCACCCUAGACAAACAGGAAACCUCAUGGUCCCCUCUGUGCUUGGCUUCAGUGGCUCCUGCCUCCCAGAUGAUCCCUGUGGCCAUCACCCAUUUUGCAGAGAAGGAAAUUGAGGGCAGGUGGGGGUAACAGAUGUGCCCUGCUGGGCUGGGCCCGGCCCCCUCCUGUUUCCAACUUUAACAGCAGGAAAGAUGGGCUGUGGGUACAAACCCUCAAAUGGCCUCUGGGACCAGGGACAGCUGAGGGCCAGGGCCAUUGAAGCUCCAGGCCCCUCCCUGCUCUAGCAACAUCCCUUCUGGGGCUUCCAGCUGUGAAGAGAGACAGACUCAGGAGGCUGGGAAGAGGCCCUAACUCAGGAUGCACCAGGUGGCGCAACAAGCAUUGUCACACCUUGACCCGGGCCCACCAGAUUCGUGGGGGUGGGGAGGGAAGCUCGCCUGGCUGGAGCAUUCAACCCCCACCCCAUAAAGAUUCUGAUGUAACAUCCCAUCAAAUCCUGAGUCUCCCAUCCCAGGGCCUCUGAGGCGACUUCACCCAUUCCCGGCGGUGGGGAGCCCUCCUCCGGUUCCCCGGGCGCCUCUUUCCCUGGUGGUGGUGGGGAGCUCAGCGCCCCUCAGAUACAGCCCUGAAACCUGGCCGAGUGCCUGCACCCCGCGGUCACCGCUAUCCCCGCCUUGCGCCGCCAUUCGCUGUUGCCAUGGCACUGGUCGGUCUUCCCGGGCUGCCAUUGGGCGCCACGCCUGCAUCUGCAUCCCGCAUCCUCCCCCGUGCAUGGUGGUUUCGCCCCGCGCAGGGGAGGUGGCUGCGCCCGCUUGGCCAGGCCAGGACGCGGCUUUGUCCGUCCUGGAACCCCCUGCCCGCGCUGCCAAGAGCCCAGGCCCCAGGUCCAGGUGGGUCCUGCGGAGCUAGGGCGGGCCGAGGACCCAGGCGCAGAGCGUCCACCAGCGCAAGGGGUGAGACGGCACUGCAGGAGCUGAAGAUGGCGAGCUCCGUGGCGUCGUAUGAGCAGCUGGUGCGGCAGGUGGAGGCCUUGAAGGCCGAGAACAGCCACCUGAGGCAGGAGCUUCGUGACAACUCAAGCCACCUGUCUAAGCUGGAGACGGAGACUUCGGGCAUGAAGGAGGUGCUACAGCAUCUGCAAUGCAAGCUAGAGCAGGAGGCCCGAGUGCUGGUGUCCUCAGGGCAGACAGAGGUGCUGGAGCAGCUGAAAGCCCUGCAGGUGGACAUCUCUAGCCUGUACAACCUCAAGUUCCAGCCACCAGCCCUGGACCCAGAGCCCCCUACCCGGAGCCCGGAGGGGAGCCCCCUCCACAGCUCUGGGGCCUCUAAGGAUGGCGUCGGGGAGCUGAGCAGGGCCACGAUCCACCUGCUGGAGGAGCUGGACCGGGAAAGGUGCUUUCUGCUGAGCGAGAUGGAGAAGGAGGAGAAGGAGAAGCUGUGGUAUUACUCCCAACUGCAGGGCUUGUCCAAGCGCCUCGACGAGCUGCCACACGUGGACACGCAGUUCUCCAUGCAGAUGGACCUGAUCCGGCAGCAGCUGGAGUUCGAGGCACAGCACAUCCGCUCCCUGAUGGAGGAGCGAUUCGGCACCUCUGACGAGAUGGUACAGCGAGCACAGAUCCGUGCCUCUCGCCUGGAGCAGAUCGACAAGGAGCUGCUGGAGGCACAGGACCGGGUGCAGCAGACGGAGCCCCAGGCACUGCUGGCAGUGAAGUCAGUGCCGGUGGAUGAGGACCCCGAGCCAGAGGUCCCCACGCACCCGGAUGACGGCGCCCCUCAGCCGGGCAAUAGCAAGGUGGAGGUGGUUUUCUGGCUGUUGUCUAUGCUGGCGACUCGCGACCAGGAGGACACUGCGCGCACACUUCUCGCCAUGUCCGGCUCGCCAGAGAGCUGUGUGGCCAUGCGACGCUCAGGCUGUCUGCCGCUGCUGCUGCAGAUCCUGCACGGUGCCGAGGCUGGGCUGGGGCCAGCAGGCGGUGCAGGCUCUGCCGGGGCGCCAGGUGCCAAGGACGCGCGCAUGCGUGCCAAUGCGGCGCUGCACAACAUCGUCUUCUCGCAGCCCGACCAGGGCCUCGCACGCAAGGAGAUGCGUGUGCUGCACGUGCUGGAACAGGUCCGCGCCUACUGCGAGACCUGCUGGGACUGGCUGCGCGCGCGUGACAGCAGCCCUGACGCAGGCGGUGCCAGCGACACUGGCGCCCCUGUCCCUACUGAGCCACAGAUCUGCCAGGCCACCUGUGCCAUCAUGAAGCUGUCCUUUGACGAGGAGUAUCGCCGGGCCAUGAAUGAGCUGGGUGGGCUACAGGCCGUGGCUGAGCUCUUACAGGUGGACUUUGAGAUGCACAAGAUGACCCGGGACCCCCUGAACCUUGCCCUGCGUCGCUAUGCCGGCAUGACUCUAACCAACCUCACCUUCGGGGAUGUGGCCAAUAAGGCCACCCUGUGCGCCAACAGGGGCUGCAUGGAGGCCAUUGUGGCCCAGCUGGGCUCAGACAGCGAGGAGCUCCACCAGGUGGUGUCCAGCAUCCUGCGAAACCUGUCCUGGCGUGCUGACAUCAACAGCAAGAAGGUGCUGAGGGAGGUUGGCAGUAUGACUGCCCUGAUGCAGUGUGUCCUCAGGGCCUCUAAGGAGUCCACCCUGAAGAGUGUGCUCAGCGCCCUGUGGAACCUGUCAGCACAUAGUACAGAGAACAAGGCGGCCAUCUGCCAGGUGCAUGGUGCCCUGGGCUUCCUAGUCAGUACGCUGACCUACAAGUGUCGGAGCAACGCGCUGGCCAUCAUCGAGAGCGGCGGCGGGAUCCUGCGCAACGUGUCUAGCCUCAUCGCCACCCGCGAGGACUACAGGCAGGUGCUUCGAGAUCACAACUGCCUGCAGACGCUGCUGCAGCACCUGACUUCACACAGCCUGACCAUCGUCAGCAAUGCCUGCGGCACGCUCUGGAACCUGUCGGCGCGCAGCCCACGAGACCAGGAACUGCUCUGGGACCUGGGCGCUGUGGGUAUGUUACGCAACCUGGUCCACUCCAAGCACAAGAUGAUUGCCCUGGGCAGCGCUGCCGCCCUGCGCAACCUGUUGGCUCACCGGCCGGCCAAAUACCAGGCGGCGGCCAUGGCUGUAUCCCCGGGCACCUGCGUGCCCAGCCUAUACGUGCGCAAGCAGCGGGCACUCGAGGCUGAGCUGGAUGCCCAGCACCUGACUCAGGCACUCGACCACCUGGACAAGGAGAGCCUGCCAGUGUCCGUGCCAGCCACUAAAAAGCCCCUGGCGCCCCUGAGACACCUGGAGGGGCCGGCCCAGGACUAUGCGUCUGACUCGGGCUGCUUCGACGAGGAUGAUGUGCCCUCCCUGGCGGCCGGAGCCAGCGCUGCCACCGAGGCCCCCAGCCCAGCCAUUCUGCCCCACUUCCUGGGCAGCCCCGUUUUGCAGGGCCAGGCACUGGCCCGCACCCCGCCCGCCCGCCGGGGCCCUGAGCCCGAGAAGGAGGCUGCUGGCGGCGAGGUGGCCGUGGCUGCCAAGGCCAGGCUGACGCUGGCCGUCGCGCGCAUAGACCGGCUAGUAGAGGACAUCUCUGCCCUGCACACCUCUUCCGACGACAGCUUCAGCCUCAGCUCCGCGGGCGACGCCGGGCAGGAGGCUCCGCUGCCACCACGGGCGGGCCGCUCCCAGUCCUGCUCGCCGGCCAGGGGGGCCGAGGAGCAUCGGCGAGAGGCAGGUAGCCGGGCCCACCCGCUGCUGAGGCUCAAGGCGGCGCACACCAGCCUGUCCAAUGACAGUCUCAACAGCGGCAGCACCAGCGACGGCUACUGCCCUCGCGAGCACAUGCGGCCCUGCCCGCUGGCCGUGCUGGCCGAACACCGCGAGGACCCCCAGUGUGGGCCCGUGAGGCCAGGUCGGCUGGACCUGGACCCUUCGGGGGGCCGGGCAGAGCCCCCGGGCCGAGGGCCUGUGGACGCACGCGUGCGCACCAUAAAGUUGUCACCCACGUACCAGCACGUGUCGCUGCUCGAGGGCAUGGCCAGGGCAGGAGCUGUGCCUCCCAUGCGCGCUCAAGCCUGGCUUCCAGCUGAGUGCCCCGCCCCCGAGCUGCCGCCCACGCUUGCGGCGGGGGACACGGCGGCGCUCUGCCUGUCCCGCUGCAGCUCGCUGUCUUCGCUGUCCUCGGCUGGCCGCCCGGGCCCCAGCGAGGGCGGCGACCUGGGCGACAGCGACUCGUCCCUGGAAGUGCUGGAGGAGGCUGGGCCCGGCGAGUCAACCCCUGGUGCGGCCUGGCGCGCCCCCGGAGCCUCACUUCCGGUCGCCAUCCCUGCGCCGCGCCGGGGCAGAGGCCGGGGCCUGGGCGCGGAGGACGCUACACCCUCGAGCUCGUCGGAGAACUGCGUGCAGGAGACGCCGCUGGUGCUGAGCCGCUGCAGUUCCGUCAGCUCGCUGGGCAGCUUCGAGAGCCCUUCCAUCGCCAGCUCGGUAGCCAGCGAGCCCUGCAGCGGCCUGGGCAGUGGCACGGUGAGCCCCAGCGAGCUGCCCGACAGCCCCGGGCAGACCAUGCCGCCCAGCCGGAGCAAGACGCCGCCGGCCGCGGGGCCGGGGCCGGUUGAGCGGGGCGGGGCCGCCAGCCAGUUCUGCCUGCAGUGGGAGAGCUACGUGAAGCGCUUCCUGGACAUCGCUGACUGCCGCGAGCGCUGCCGCCUGCCUUCCGAGUUGGACGCGGGCAGCGUGCGCUUCACUGUGGAGAAGCCGGACGAGAACUUCUCCUGCGCCUCCAGUCUGAGCGCGCUGCCCCUGCACGAGCACUACGUGCAGCAGGACGUGGAGCUGCGCCUGCUGCCGCCCGUGCGUCCAGAGCGCAGCGGCUUCGCAGGGCACCGACGGCCUGACGAGGUGGGUGCCCGGUUGGAGGCGCCGGCCUCUGCCGCCGCCCCCCGUGGCUGCCCCCCUGCCGCUGCCACCGACGCGGAGCUGGAGCUGCUGCGUGCGUGCCUGGGCGCCGCCGUGCCUGCCCGCAUGUGCAAAGUGGCCUCUGAGCUGGUGCCUGGCCGCCGCCGCCGCCACCACCGCGCGCUACCUGUGCCAGUGUACAUGCUGGUACCCGCUCCGGCGGGCGAUGAAGACUCGGGCAGUGACUCGGCCGAAGGCACGCCCGUUAACUUCUCCAGCGCAGCCUCGCUCAGCGACGAGACCCUGCAGGGGCUACCUCGAGACCUGCCGGUCAGGCAGGCUCAGGCCAGUCGCCCCACCUCUUCCAGGCAGGCCCCAGGCCCGCGACACAGGGCCGGGGGUGUGGGCCGGAGUGCAGAGCCGAGCCCUGGGAAAGGCAGGAGCUGCACGGGCAUGGAGCUGCCCCUCGGCCGGUCCCCCAGUGCUCUCUCUGACCACGAGGGAUCCAGCUCGGGCCUGGCCCACCGGGACGGGGGCAUGCAGUCUCUCUGCCUCACCACGCCCACUGAGGAGGCCGUGUACUGCUUCUACAAUGAGUCCGACGAGGAGGAGCCCUCCGCCGCGACUGAGCACCGUCGGCGGGCGUCUGCCAUCCCCCGGUCCUUAAAAAGGGAGCACCAGGCAGGCCGGAAGGAUUCUUCCAGAGUCACACCCAAGGCCCUGCCACCUGCCCGGGUGCACCCCAGCCUCAUUGCCGACGAGACGCCACCCUGCUACUCGCUCAGCUCAUCCGUCAGCUCCCUCAGUGAGCCUGAGCCAGAGCUCAUGGCGGACAGCAGCCAGGACUCUGCGGCCAACAAGGGCUCAGGCUUGGCUGCUGCGCGUGGCAGCGGGUCACCUCGCCCACAGGCUGAGCAGGAACUAGUGCGGCGCUGCACUGGCUCGGCUAUGUCCAGGCGCCGGCCCCCGGUGUCGGGGUCCCGGCGGAGAAAGCCUGGAACAGCCCUGCCCCCAGCCGAGGCGGCUCGGGAGCGUGGCGAGGAGGGGGCUGGCUCGGAUCUUGGUGCCUCGGACCUCGACAGCGUCGAUUGGCGGGCCAUCCAGGAGGGCGCCAACUCCAUUGUCACCUGGCUGCACCAGGCGGCGGCAGCGGCGGCCACCCAGGAGACGGAAGCGGACUCCGGCCUGCCCUCUGCAUCAGCACCCAAUGUAGAUCGGAAAGGGCGGCGGCCGCAGGCGGAGGGCCAGCUGGGCUGCACGGGACGGCCCGAGAGACGUGCUGGGGCUGACCGCAGUGGCCUCGAGCAGCCGCGUGGCGCUCAGAAGGCAGCGUCCGGCAUGCCUGCCGUGCUGCGGGGCCGGACGGUCAUUUAUGUGCCCAGCCCCGCUCCCCGGGGACAGCUCAAAGGCACGCCGGGUCCUCGCACUGGCCUCCGGAAGCCCGGGCCGCCUGGUCCCAUUCAGCCAGCCUCUCCUGUCCCUGCCCCAGCCCCGGCCCCCGGGCCCGGCCCCUCGAGGUCUCGCAGCCUGCACAGGCCGGGCAAGAUCUCGGAGCUGGCGCCGCGCAGCCCCCCGCAAAGGAGCGCCACGCCACCUGCGCGCUUGGCCAAGACGCCCUCAUCUGGCUCCUCACAGAGCUCCCCUGGCACCCCGCCACCGCCUAGGAAGUGUCCCUCGAGCACCCCGCCGAGACCCCUGCCCGGGCCGAGCACUUCCUCGUCCGGACCCAGGACGCCGGCGCGGGCGCUGUUGGCCAAGGCGCACAAGACGCAGAAGUCCCCAGUGCGCAUCCCGUUCAUGCAGAAGCCGGCGCGGCGCGUGCCUCCGCCACUCGCCAAAACGGCGCGGGAGCCGGGGCCCCGGGGUCGUGCAGGCGCCGACGGUGGCGCGGGAGCACGAGGGGGCCGCCUGGGCUUGGUGCGUCUGGGCUCGGCACGCUCCAGCGGCAGCGAGUCCUCGGAGCGCUCUGGCUUCCGGAGGCAGCUGACUUUCAUCAAGGAGACCCCGGGUCUGGCGCGCCGCCGCCGCGCUGAACUGGCUCCGGCAGAAGCCCCCAGGACCUCGCCAGCUGGCUCGCCUCGCCGCGGUCGCCCUGCGCUGCCCGCCGUGUUCCUCUGCUCUUCUCGCUGUGACGAACUCCGUGCACCCCCUCGGGCCCCCCCAACCCCAGCGCGGACGGCUGCGGGCCGCUCUGUGCCCAGCCCGGCUGCACGUCCGCCCCGGCGCACCAGCUCGGAGAGCCCGAGCCGCCUGCCGGUGCUCACGCAGACAACCAAGCCCGAGGCGGUCCGGCGCUAUGCAUCGCUGCCGCACAUCAGCGUGGCCCGCGGUCCGGACAACGCUGGCCCCGCGCCCCUGGUCGACGGUGCUCGCCGCGGCAGUGACGGCGAGCCUCGUGGCCUGCCCAGGGUGGCCGCCCCAGGCACCACGUGGCGGCGCAUCCGGGAUGAGGAUGUCCCCCAUAUCCUGCGCAGCACGUUGCCGGCCUCAGCCCUGCCGCUGGUGGGCACUGAGGCUCCCGAAGGGACCCCUAAUGGCCCCUCCCCACCGCGCAAGACCAGCGAUGCAGUGGUUCAGACUGAAGACUUCUUGACUCCCAAGACCAACUUCAGCACCUCCCCUAGCUUGGAGAGCCGGGAGCCACCCCAGAGUCCAGCCGGAGGCCCUGGGACCCUAGGAAGCGACGUGGAUGGGCCUAGCCCUCCCAAGGCGCCCCCCACUGCCCCCUUCACCCACGAGGGCCUGAGCAUCCCAGCGGGGGGCUUCCCUGCCAGCCGCCAUGGCUCCCCCAGCCGCUCAGCCCGGGUUCCCCCUUUCAAUUAUGUGCCCAGCCCCAUGGCUGCAGCAGCCAACCCCGAUUCAGUUGUAGAGAAGGCUCCUGCUGCUGCCCCUGCGGGUCUCCUGGAAUAGCGGCCUAGGCCGGCCUUCCAGAACAUUCUCCUGGCCCUUUGGCACAUUGUGUGUCCACCCCUAGGCAGUCCUGUCCUCCCUGUCUCUGGGCCUCACAGCUACCACGACCUAUAACUCACUUCUCCAGCGGAGCUUGUGGGCUACCCAGGGUUCAGACAGGAGGCCCUGCAGGGGCAGGGAGCCAAUGGAACUUUAAACGCUCCUCUUUGGCUCUUGGAACACAGGCGCCCUUAGGAGGGCUGUGGGACAACCCCCCCCCUCCCCACCCCCCACCUGGCUGCAGCUGGAGCUGUAAUUGUAGUGCCUAUAAUUAGGGCGCUGGGUAAUUUGUUAAUGAUGGCUCUGGGGGCAUGCGUUAGCAAGCUCAGAUGGCACUGGGUGCUGGUGCAGAGCAGUCCUCAGACGGGUGCUGGGGGAGUGCUGGCCUGUGGGGCUGGCGCUGGGUGCAGAGCAGCCAGGACACAGGGGUGGGAGGAAGAGGAGCACCAGCUGGCACAGACUCCCAGGCUGGGCUGAUACCCAUCUUUCGUUCCUGGGAUGCCCUGAAGGUAAGCAUGGGGUCACCAGCUGCUGGGCUGGGAAAGUCCCUGGAGUCCCUCUGGUCCUCCCCCCAGGGCUUGCAUGUUAGGGCACAAGGAGGCAGCCACAUCCCCUGCAGUGCUGGCACCGACCCUGUCAGUUCCGGAUUCCCAAAACCUGCUGCCCUGGUCACAACCUCCCUGGGGACACUAUUAUCUGUGAGUGGAGUCCUCCACUGAAUGGGCUGCUCUUGAGCAAGCUGUGGGCGAAUGGGGGCUCUGCCCAGGGUCUUGUUAUAGGAAGACCUAGUCAGGUCUUCUCUGCAGAACCAUACAGCAUUCCAGAAGGUGCUGCUCGUUGCAAACACAAAGGGGUCUGCAGUCACGGCCAUUGCAAAGCGGCCUCUUGUCUAUCUUGUGAGGGGACAUGGUUUACUGAAUCAGCUCUUGGGCACUGCCCUUGAGGGAGGGGGCUUAAGAGGGCCUGCUACUUGCAGAGCGGCCUCCCGUCUGUCCUGGGAGGAGGGGGCAUGGUUUCUGAGCUGGUUGCUGGGCACUGCCCUCAGGAGGGAAGUGGGGGACCUGAGCACCCCUCCUGACUCCAAUGAGCAGGGGCUGGUCAUGUCUGGCCUGCAGAAGGAGAGCAGGGCACACUGUCCCUAACAUUCAUGGGUGGGACCCAGACCCAAGUGUCUCCAUCAGACCAUGCUCUAUACGGGGCUCCGAGACGUCCUCACAGAAUGGAUGUCCUGGGCCACACCACAGGGGAUGGCAGGUAGUGGGGACCGCUGAGCAGGAGUGUGGGAGGGCCCCCAGAGGCUAGGCAGGGUAUAGCUUAGGGCCACACUUGUCUCCUGAAGACCCGUGGUCUUUGCUGUUGCUGGGCCUUGGAGUCCUGAGGUGCUGUGAGGCUUGCAAGCAUGGAAUCAAGUUCCGGGGGCUGCUAGCUGUUGUCCUGUUCCUGGUUUGAGGGUCAGGAAGGCAUGUGGGGACAAGCCUGGGGCCCCAGCCAGGAUGCUGCUACCUGCAAGGGCCAUGCUGCCUCAAUGCCGUGGCCUCCCUGCUGCCCCCAUCAUGCAUGGCAGUCACCAGUCACUCUUGCCUUCUUUGAGGCCCAGCCUGGGGAGGCAGGCUGUGGACAACUAACCCAAGCCAGGCUGAGGAAGCAAAUGGACACUUUGCCAAAGCUUGGGCUAAAGGGGCAAGAACCUGCACCUCUGGGCCAGGAGAGUGGGGCCCAGCAUCCAGCACCCCAAACCUUAGGGCCACCUAAGGAGGUUUAGAAUCAGCAGCUUCUGGGCCAGGUGUGUGAGGUCCAGCAUCCCAAGUCAGACCUGGGGUCUACGGCUGACCCCGCAGCUGUACAACCCCCCUAACCUACCUGCUGCUGGGUGCUGACGUCAGGGCACUGUGGCCGCUGGCGCAGCCAACACAUACCUCAUGCUGGACUGCCUGCUGCCCCGGCCUGCCAGGGCCCACACCUUAUUCACACACUGUAAAUAAUGUCCACCCCCCAUCCAGGCAGACUGGGCUUGGACUCCUGUGCACCUUCAAUAAACACGCUGUUGGACUUGC